AUGAAACUGGAAUGUUUAAGGAAUAGAGAGCCGUCGUCUAGUAUGUCAACCAAAUUGAAAGCUGGAAACAAGAGAAAAGCGAAACAUAUGCUAUCAACUAAGUUGGCACCUCGGAUGAUCGAGCUUUCCUCAUCCUCUAACCACUGUCGCCGUGUUCUCCGACGACGAAGAUUGAUCUCUUCUCCGCCUCCAACCACUCACCCACCAUUGUAUCCGACGAGGAAGACCAGGAGACAAUUGAAGAGCGUGAAGCACCGGGUUGCUGGAAUUGAUAAGGAAAAUUUGACCUACAGUUACAGCAUAAUCGAAGGCGAUGCUUUGAUGGGUCUUGAAUCAGUCUCUUAUAUGAUCGAAGAAAGAGAAAUUAAGGAUGGGAAAGAGAAGGCCAUGGGAAUGUUCAAGGCUGUUGAGGCCUACCUCUUGGCAAACCCUGAUGCUUAUAGCUAA